AUGAGGCACACACUGGGAGUUGCUGCCGUAUGCAUAGCAGCUGGAGCUCUCUGGAGUCCCCCGGGAACUCUAGCAGCCAGCUCCGACGCAGCAGCAGACGCACUUCUCGCCUCUCUUUCACAAGCCAAUUCCAUCAAGACCGCCUCUGGACCUGUCUCGGGUCGACCAACAGACCGUGCCAGCGCUCGAGCUGCCGUCCUGGCAGGAAACUUCACCUCCAAGCUCCAUCAUGAGAGAAGAGACAGGAACAGAAAUUCUUGUCCUGCAGCGUGUGAGAGUGCGGAGCCAAGCUCAUGGGAUGUGUACCACGACGUCAACCGUCUCAAGGAGUGCAAUCAGACUAUGCUGUUGGACUUUGCCCUGUUUAACCACGUGGACGACUCUAAGCCUGUCGUCAUGAUCUCGGCUUGUACGGCGGAUCUGAAGGUCAAUAAUAACAGGCUGCACACGUUGUCUAAGACAAAUGGCUGUGCGGUUGAGGGCGUGAAACUGGCGUCAAAAACAUCCCAGAUACAACUGAGUUCUUCAGGCGCUUCAUCAAAGUCUCAUGUCGCCGAUGUUAGUGCGGCUCUCGAUCAACUGCUGGCUUUGUCGAGCAUUUCUUCUUCCACCUGUCAAGAGACGAUCAAAUACGCCACCUCUGGGGAUGUCAUUGUUGGCGUCUAUGCUGGAUCCGGCAUCGCCAGUCAGGGAGUGCUUGCAUCCGUCGUCCAGAAGCUCAACAGUGAGAUUCAAACCAGCGGCCAAGUUGCCGAAGAUUUGGUGGCACAGAUUUGCAGCAGCAAGACGCCGGCAAGAUACACGCUGGGAGUUUUUGCCACGACUCAGGGGCAUCUCGGUGCCGUCCAGCGGAGCGUGCAGUCCUGGAAAAACGGCACUUGCGUCGGCACAAGUUUUACGGACGAUGUCAGUAUCAAAUCGAGCUGGGAUAGCGUCACAUAUCUUGCCCCGUCUGCCUCUCAAAGCAACUCGACAUCCAGCAGCUCCUCCAGCACCCUCAAGAAGCCCUUGUCAACCCGUGCCGACUGCCGCACCAUCCAAGUCGAGGAGGGAGAUUCUUGUGAGUCUCUGGCCAGCGAAUGCGGCAUCACACCAGCUCAGUUCACACAAUACAACCCCAGUUCGACUCUCUGCGGCGCACUUACCCCUGGACAGCACGUCUGCUGCAGCUCAGGCACACUGCCCGACUUCACGCCCAAGCCCGAUGACAAGGGCUACUGCUACUCCUACCUUGUGAAAGAUGGAGACUCCUGUGCGUCAAUUGGUGCGGCUUAUGACCUGACCAAUGCCGAGAUCGAGAGCUUCAACAAGAAGACAUGGGGCUGGAACGGCUGCCAGAAGCUCUUCGCCGACUAUAACAUCUGCCUCAGCACCGGCUACCCCCCCAUGCCAGCCCCCGUGGCCAACGCCGUAUGCGGACCUCAAGUGAACGGCACCACUCCACCCCCUCCUGACGUCGACUUCAGCACGCUGAACGAAUGUCCGCUCAACGCAUGCUGCAACAUCUGGGGCCAGUGUGGCACGACGGGCGACUUCUGCAACCCGUCAAACUCUAGCACCGGCGCCCCUGGAACUGCGGCUCCGGGAGAGAACGGCUGCAUCUCCAACUGCGGUGAUGAUAUCCUCACGUCGGAUCCGCCCAGCGAGACCAUGAGCAUCGCCUAUUUCGAGGCCUUUGAUCAGAAGCGCACAUGCCUCAAGAUGCCCGUCACCGCCGUCGACACGUCUAAAUACACGCACAUCCAUUUCUCCUUCAUCACGCUCAACGAAGACUACUCCAUCAAUGUCGACGGCGUGGAGAGUCAGCUACGUCUCCUUUCUGGCAUGGCUGGCGUCAAACGCAUCGUGUCCGUGGGCGGCUGGGACUUUUCGACGAGUCCGAGCACGUACCAAAUCUUCCGCAAGGCUGUCUCGUCUGAGGCGAACCGCCAGACUCUCGUCAACAAUGUGGUUGACUUCCUUGCCGAGUACGACCUGGACGGCAUUGACUGGGACUGGGAGUACCCCGACGAGCCGGAUAUCCCUGGCAUUCCGAAGGGCACGGAGGAUGAGACGACGGGGUAUUUCCUGCUGUUGGAUGAGCUGAAGCUCAAGCUGCCGUCGAACAGGACCGUGUCCAUCACUGCACCGGCGUCGUUUUGGUACUUGCAGUAUUUCCCUAUUCUCGCACUCAGCUUUGUCGUCGACUAUAUAGUGUACAUGACGUACGACCUUCACGGACAGUGGGACUACAUCAACAAAUAUGCCAGUCCGGGAUGCCCUUCGUACGAUGCAGGACUGGGGAACUGUCUGCGGUCACACGUAAAUCUCACCGAGACGCUCAAUGCCCUCUCCAUGAUCACUAAGGCCGGUGUUCCGUCCAACAUGAUCACCAUUGGUGUCAGCAGCUACGGCCGAUCAUUUCAGAUGUCCUCGGCCGGAUGCUGGACCGAGCAGUGCACUUACACGGGGCCCGAUUCAGGAGCUCUCCCGGGGCCUUGCACCAACACGUCGGGGUAUAUAUCCAACUACGAGAUCAACAGAAUCGUGGCAGGGAACCCUUCUGCAGAGGUACACUGGGAUCAAGACUCAUACUCCAACAUUGUCGUCUACAAUGGCACCCAGUGGGUCGCCUUCAUGAACGACUCCAACAAAGCUACCCGCACGACUCUGUAUCCGGCGCUUAGUUUCCUGGGCAUCGCUGACUGGGCCGUGGAUCUAUUGUCUGAAGACGGCGAUUCAUCAGAUGAUUCUUCGUCUUCAGGAGGGACGAUUUACAUUGAUCCGGGCAUUUGGUCAUCCGCAACGCCCUCAAUUGUGGCGCCGCCUGGCGCGUCGCUUAUCUGGCCUCCGAAGCCUUUGUCGAGUGCUACGACAAUCACUUUCCCUCCUUGGACGACGACUGUUUCGUACAGCAGCCUCACAACGGGCACAAGUACUUUGACAGAUGGAUCGACGACGACGUAUGAUGAGGUUGUCUGGGUGUCGUGGCUGACGACCCUUACAAUUCCUGCAGUUACGACUACGGAAAUUGGCAUAUGGGGUGUUUCCCUCGACAAAAGCUCCUCCACCGGGACGAUUUACCUGACAAGUUCCGUCCAGCCGCCACCAUUCAAAGUGACCAUCACUCCAGUCGUGAGCGGCACAACCUCCAUCAUUGGUGCCACCAAGACGUCCACCAUCAAAGGCACUGUCAUCACCUACGGUUCCGAAACCUGGACGGAACAAGACGAGACCCAGACCCAGGGCAGAAGCACCAGCAUCAAGGGCGGCACAACCCUACCGCCCACCGUCAUCACCGUCACGCCAAACCCGCAUCCCACCACUGUGGCAACAAAGCCAGACCCGGAGGUCAAUCCCAAGCCUCCCCCGUGGAAGUCUGGGUCGGAUCCUAAGCCAACUGCCAAGCCGGGAUGUCCUGGAUGUGGCAAGCCUUGCGUCCUAUUCUGUGAUUCUGGCUGUCCCUUCUGUCCUCCCGGCAUCUUCCACCCAGGCGGCGGUGGUGGAGGAGAUCCCAACGACCCAGACGACCCUGACGACGACGAUGAUGAUGACGACGACCCGAGUGAGUACACAAUGUACGCUGAGUCUCUCCUCGAGGACCAGUUCCCAGACAGCCCCGCAGACUCCAACUCCCUGAACGACCUCUGGACUACGGAAAUCAGCCGAUUUGCUUCUGAAAUGGGCUGGCUCACAACAAGCUCAACCACCACCAAGCCCUCCAGCACACCGCCUCCCCCUCCCCCUCCGGCACCGACACCAGAGGCAACGUGUGAGUACUUUUACGGAGGCGUCCUCUACGAGUUCUUCAUCUACUACAUCUCCGGCUGGGAUACGGAUGACCUCGAGGGCAAUCUUCAUCAUGAAGAAAACGGCUGCGGUGCGCUGACGGGCUGGGACUGGAACUAUGCGAAUGCGAAGGAUCCCUCGGUGGCGUUCAACUUGCCCCUCUUUAUCAAGGAGGGAUGCGUUGAGCGGGCGAUUGUGUCUGCUGGAGGGCCCAAGCUUUCGUGUCAGUACUAUGAUGGAUGGGCGACGCCUGGGCCGGACGAUGAUGAUGCGGAUGCCGAGUUUGUGAAGGCUCAUCAGGCGAAUGCUACGCAGGAGCAUGGGCCGUAUAAGCCGAUGAAUUGGGCUACUUUGCUUGCGAGGGCGACGGGGCGAAACCAGCAGUAG